GAUGGAGGAGAACGAUGUGUUCGAUACAUUGGAACAUUUCAGCGGCAUUAAAUUUCCCUUGUGCAUUAAAACACUGCUACGUUAUGCAGCAUAUGAAAGUAAAUCAAGUUGUAUGCUUUUGGAUGUGAAAACCGUAGCAGAGAUGGAAGAUUUCCUUGCUGAAACGGGACAAGCAGUGAUUGCUAGUUUGGAUUGUUGCAAUUCUGCGGCUUAUAAAAACCAAAAUCGAUUCCGUUUUCUUCCUGGACACAAGACGUGUAUUUUGUCGAUUCCCGAUCAACUUCGAAAUAUGGAUGCAGUGAAGCGAAAGAAGAGUAAACCAAUGCUUGAGUUCAAAAAGUUGAUGACAUCAACCGAAUUAAAACAUCUGCUGCUGAUGAAGUUGAAUCAAAGUGCUGUCAAGUAUGGUUUCGCAAGUGAGGCGUUCGAUGAGUCGCACCUAAAUGAUGUACAGACAAUCAUUUUGAACAAUGAUUUGACCGCCAAAUGCACGGUUCAAUGUUUCCAGUGUCGCACUACCAUCAACGCUCUGUACAAGGGAUCAUGGACAAUUAGUAAUGUUUUGCGUCAUGUGAAAAUUCACCAGCCAUCAGAAGAUACAGUUGAUCAGUCGCAGAACGAAAACGGUACAGAAAACAUCGUCACGGUUCAUUCAUCUCCGUUGGAUCUCAUUGAGGAAGAAGCGAUUGUAGCCAAAAAUAACGAAGUUGUUACCACACGCACAUUCAAAAGAGUCCAAUUAGGCAAUGGAAAGUCGUUCUUAGUCGAUAUGGCAAUACACCCUCGUUAG